CACCGUUCUUACACAACUUUCUUAUGUCUGCACAACUUUCUUAUGUCUAUACAGCUAUUAUAUCACCUUAUAGCAUUUCGACUGUUCGUAGUUGAUGAAUGGAGCACACAAAAGACCCGUGCACCAGGGCAUCUUUCGGUACAUCUUUCUCUAAACGGCAUCCCCUCCUUAUCGCAGUGCCAGAACACUGAGCAGUUAGUGAGGGUGUGGGGCCCGUUCGCUAACAGAAAGCCAGAACGAGUGGUUCACCAAAUCUUUGGAAAAACUCGCUAUAGGCAAGAUACUCCGAAUCAGUUAGAGUUUCAAUAAGAUUUGCCAAUUCGAUUGGAUGAUUUGGUAGGUUACUCGAUUGUUAUUUAAACACCCAUCAAUCCUCCAUUCUCUGACUUUCCUGUUUUUUUUCGGUCAAUCAACUUAUUCAGAAUGUCCUCUCCAAACUUUAAUAUUUCAUCGUCCACUGCUCAAGAAUACGAAUCAGAAUAUUCUGCUCAUAACUAUCAUCCCUUACCAGUGGUAUUCCAUAAAGCCCAAGGUGCUCAUGUUUGGGAUCCAGAAGGAAAAGAAUACUUGGAUUUCUUGUCAGCAUACUCUGCUGUUAACCAAGGACACUGUCAUCCAAAAAUUAUUGAAGCUUUAAUUGAUCAAGCUUCUAAAUUGACUUUAUGUUCUCGUGCUUUUUCUUCUGAUGUUUUUGGGGUUUUCGCUAAAUACAUUACUGAAUAUUUCAAUUAUGAAAUGUUUUUACCAAUGAAUACUGGUGCUGAAGCAGUUGAAACCGGGUUAAAAUUAGCUCGUAAAUGGGGGUAUAGUAUUAAAAAAAUCCCUGAUGGGGAAGCAAUUAUUUUAUCUGCUGAAAAUAACUUCCAUGGUAGAACUUUAGGGGUUAUUUCAAUGUCAACUGACCCGGAUGCUACUACUAAAUUUGGUCCUUAUCUUUCUGGGGUUGGUCCUCAAAUUCCUGGUGAACCUCAAGGUACUUUAUUAAGAUAUGGUGUUAUUGAAGAUGUUGAAAAAGCUUUUAAUAACGCUGGUGAUAAAAUUGCUGCUAUUUUAUUAGAACCAAUCCAAGGGGAAGCUGGUAUUGUUGUUCCUCCUGAAGGUUACUUAACUAGAGUUCAAGAAUUAUGUAAAAAACAUAAUGUUUUAUUAAUUUGUGAUGAAAUUCAAACUGGUAUUGCUAGAACCGGUAAAAUGUUAUGUUAUGAACAUUCUAAAAAUGUUAAACCUGAUAUUAUCUUAUUAGGUAAAGCUAUUUCUGGUGGGGUUUUACCAGUUUCUGGGGUUUUAUCUUCAAAAGAAAUUAUGUUAACUUUAGAACCUGGUUCUCAUGGUUCUACUUAUGGUGGUAAUCCUUUGGCUUGUAGAGUGGCCACUGCUGCUUUAGAAGUUGUUAAAAAUGAAAAUUUGGUUGAAAGAUCAAAUAAAUUAGGUGAUUUAUUACGUUCAAAAUUAACCGAUUUGAAAAAUGAAUUUAAUGGUAUAAUUGCUGAAGUAAGAGGUGUUGGUUUAUUAUCUGCAAUUGUUAUUGAUGAAUCAAAGGCUAAUGGUAGAACUGCUUGGGAUCUUUGUCUCUUAAUGAAAGACCAAGGGGUUUUAGCUAAACCAACUCAUGAUAAUAUUAUCAGAUUAGCUCCUCCUUUGGUGAUUUCUGAAGAAGACUUAUUGAAAGGUGUGGACGCAAUCAAAAAGUCUUUAACUGAAUUGCCAAAUGCUCCUAAAACUCAUCAUUAAAUGUAUAUAGAAUAAUGUGAAUUCAUAUUAAUUACCUUUUGAGAAAAC